CAUGCCGCCUCCUGGAGCUGCGCUCUCCUGGCGGCCAUUGUUCUGCUCCUGCCAGCCACGCACCGCACGCCCUUCGCCCACGCCGCAACCGGCGGCGGAAGCAUGUUGGGUGAUGUCAACAUCUCGGCGAUCCUGGACUCCUUCUCCAUCAGUUACGAUAAAAGAGUAAGGCCGAACUACGGAGGUCCGCCCGUGGAGGUCGGCGUCACCAUGUAUGUCCUCAGCAUCAGCUCCGUGUCCGAGGUGUUGAUGGACUUCACCCUGGAUUUUUACUUCCGCCAAUUCUGGACGGAUCCACGGCUCGCAUUCAAACGACGCCAGGGCGUGGAGACGCUGAGCGUCGGCUCAGAGUUCAUCAAGAACAUCUGGGUGCCCGACACCUUCUUCGUCAACGAGAAGCAGUCGUACUUCCACAUCGCCACCACCAGUAACGAGUUCAUCCGCAUCCACCACUCGGGCAGCAUCACCAGAAGUAUACGCUUAACCAUCACUGCAUCGUGCCCGAUGAACCUGCAGUACUUCCCGAUGGACCGGCAGCUCUGUCACAUCGAGAUCGAGAGCUUCGGAUACACCAUGAGGGACAUCCGGUACAAGUGGAACGAGGGCCCGAACAGCGUUGGGGUCAGCAACGAGGUCUCCCUGCCUCAGUUCAAGGUCCUCGGGCACCGACAGCGAGCCAUGGAGAUUAGUUUGACUACCGGGAAUUAUUCCCGGCUAGCCUGCGAGAUCCAGUUCGUCCGGUCAAUGGGCUACUACUUGAUCCAGAUCUACAUACCCUCGGGAUUAAUUGUGAUAAUCUCGUGGGUGAGCUUUUGGCUAAACCGAAACGCAACCCCCGCUCGGGUCGCCCUCGGAGUAACCACUGUGCUCACCAUGACAACCCUCAUGUCCUCGACCAAUGCUGCCCUUCCCAAAAUCUCCUACGUCAAGUCCAUUGACGUCUACUUGGGCACCUGUUUCGUCAUGGUCUUCGCAUCGCUGCUCGAGUACGCCACGGUGGGAUAUAUGGCGAAGAGGAUACAGAUGCGGAAGAACAGGUUCCAGAAAAUCGCAGAGAGCAUGAAGGCCGCCAGGGAGAACCCAGGACCGCCAGGGGUGCCCGGCGACCACGGCGACCACGCGCCUAAGCAAACUGAGGUGCGGUUCAAGGUGCACGACCCGAAGGCACACAGCAAGGGCGGCACCCUGGAGAACACCAUCAACGGCAGAGCCGACGAGGAAGCUCCUCCUGCGCCGCAGCAUCUCAUCCAUCCGGGCAAGGAUAUCAGCAAAUUGUACGGUAUAACGCCGUCGGACAUAGACAAGUAUUCGCGCAUCGUGUUUCCGGUGUGCUUCGUGUGCUUCAACCUGAUGUACUGGAUCAUCUACCUGCACAUCAGCGACGUCGUGGCGGACGAUCUGGUGCUACUGGAGGAGGCCAAGUAA